CCAUUCUGAACUCACUGACAAAACUCAGAGAAAGAGAAGAAGAAGAAGACAUAAAUGGCUGGUGGAGGUAUAGCAGAUGGAGGACCUGGCAAAAGGGCUCAUCUGUACGAGCACAGGUUCACUCCCUAUUUCGCUUUCACUUGCUUCGUUGGAGCUCUUGGUGGCUCUCUUUUUGGCUAUGAUCUCGGAGUUUCAGGUGGAGUGACUUCAAUGGAUGAUUUCCUCAAGGAAUUCUUUCCAAAAGUCUACAGAAGGAAGCACACGCAUCUGAAGGAGACUGAUUAUUGUAAAUAUGAUGAUCAAAUUCUGACACUGUUUACAUCAUCUCUCUAUAUCUCAGCACUAUUCAUGACUUUCUUUGCCUCCUACUUAACAAGAAAUAAGGGAAGAAAGGCCAGUAUCAUAGUGGGAGCACUUAGCUUCUUGCUUGGAGCACUCCUCAAUGCAUUUGCAAAGAACAUUGAAAUGUUGAUCAUUGGUAGGAUCUUUCUUGGUGGAGGCAUUGGAUUUGACAACCAAGCUGUUCCCUUGUACCUAUCUGAAAUGGCUCCAGCUAAAACCCGUGGAGCAGUGAACCAAUUGUUUCAGUUCACAACCUGUGCUGGAAUUCUAAUUGCAAACCUUGUGAAUUAUUUCACUGAAAAAAUUCAUCCCCAUGGAUGGAGAAUAUCACUGGGUUUGGCAGGUCUUCCAGCAGUUCUUAUGCUUAUUGGAGGUAUUCUUUGUGCUGAGACACCUAACAGUCUUGUGGAGCAAGGAAGGUUAGAGGAAGCAAGGAGGGUAUUGGAGAAAGUUAGAGGAACCAAGAAUGUUGAUGCUGAAUUUGAAGAUCUUAAAGAUGCAAGUGAACAGGCAAGAGCCAUCACUAGUCCAUUUAGGACACUCCUUAAGAGGAAGUACAGGCCCCAACUAGUAAUAGGUGCCUUGGCGAUUCCAGCAUUCCAGCAACUAACUGGGAACAACUCCAUCCUCUUCUAUGCCCCUGUCAUUUUCCAGAGUUUGGGGUUUGGUAACAAUGCAUCUCUCAUUUCAUCUUUCAUUACCAAUGGAGCUCUCCUUGUUGCCACAGUGAUCUCAAUGUUUUUAGUUGACAAGUUUGGUAGAAGAAAAUUCUUUCUGGAAGCUGGUUUUGAAAUGAUAUGCAGCAUGAUUUGUGUUGCUGUGGUUUUGGCUGUGAAGUUUGGACAUGGCGAAGAGCUUUCUAAAGGUAUCAGUGCCUUCCUUGUUGUGGCAAUUUUCUUGUUUGUGUUGGCAUAUGGAAGAUCUUGGGGUCCCUUAGGGUGGUUGGUUCCAAGUGAGUUGUUCCCAUUGGAGAUAAGAUCAGCUGCGCAGAGUAUUGUGGUCUGUGUCAACAUGACCUUCACUGCUCUUGUUGCACAAUUGUUCCUCAUGUCACUCUGUAACCUCAAAUAUGGAAUCUUCUUGCUAUUUGGUGGCUUAAUUGUGGUCAUGAGUUGCUUCAUCUUCUUCCUUUUGCCAGAAACAAAACAAGUUCCAAUCGAGGAGAUUUAUCUUCUUUUUGAAAACCAUUGGUUCUGGAAGAAAAUUGUGAGGACAAACCAAGACUUUGAGGCAUCAAACGGGAAGCCAGCAAUUGUUUAAGAUUCCCAACAAAAUAGAUUGAACAUUUUUUGUUUUUGGUCAAUUGUGUAUGCUUUCUUUAUAGGCAUUUCUUAUAAAUAUGGUUGUUUUUAUGAUUA